UUCGCAAAGAAUUGGGGCUAAAAUAAUUUCAUUAAGCUUGAGCCCCUGGGGUUGAGCACGAAGGACCAACACCUUAUUGAAGAUUAUGCUAAGAGUGGAUUUCAUCUGGUAAAACCCUUCCAGAAAGUCCCUUGACUGAUGUUAUUUUCGGAGUAUUUGUUUUCUGAUGAGCAAUGAUGAGAGGAUGCUGGUAGUUCUGUCGUGUGAAUAGUCUGAGAACUUCUGUCUUAUUCAAAUGAUCUCAAAUUUAGUGCCUCAAGACUGACAUUUCUAUUUUAUGCCCAGUAGUUAUUUAACUUAUCUCAAGAAAUAAGUAUCUCAUUUCUUGUAGUUUUUCUGUUGGUAGCGCCGUGCUUCACUCGUCCCAGUGCUGUUGUGCAGCAUGUGCAUGUGAUUCCUCACGUCCAGUUGCCAAGGUAGCAGAGACAAAAGCAAAUCAGAUGAACUUUGGAGCAGGGUUUAGGGAUCCUUCGGAACAAAAGGUCUAAGGGAAGCACAGAGUUUUCUUGAGAACACAAUUGAUCACUCUAGCCAAAAGCAAUGUGGGAAUUUGGGUUUAGGGGUUUUCUCUUACUUAAAAACCACCCAUUUCCUGCAAAUUUAGAGGUGAUUGUGAUGUUGUAAACAUGUUGAGCAGUGCGACAGCCUUCCUGUCAAACUAAGCUUUAUUUAUCUAAGCUUUAUUUAUUAACUCUGUUUUUUUUUUUUCCCCUCUUCUAAUAAAAGGGCAGUAAACAUUAGCGAUUGGAAUUGUCAGAGCCUUAGUCAUAAUUGAACCUUUUGGAGUCUUCCUGCCUGGGGAAAGUGGAGGACAGUCUUGACUCUAUAUUUCUUUUGGAUGUAGUCAAUACAUUCAUACUCAUUAUUCAUAUUUUGAACUUAUGAGCAUCCUGGUAUUACCACAAUAUAAAUUUUGAUGCUUAAAAAGAACAUUAAAGCAGAAUAAUAAUAAUAAUAAAUAUCAGCCUCUGAAUCAAAUGUCUCUUAUGUGGCUUUUUGAUGUGACAUUUUUCAUGUUUACUGUUUCCUCUGUAAGAGUGUCUUGUCUCUAUUCAGUCAGCUGUCAGUUUCUGGGUGCAGAUACUUGACAGUACAUCUGAGCGGAGAGCAGUAUGCAGUGGUGCUCAUUCUUAGCGUAAAGAGUUUUGAGACUGGCUGAUUUCUCAGGAGCCAUGAGCAACACUCCUCGGUCUUUUAAUAGCUUUCACCUUUCCUCUGGCUUCACAGGAAACCAUUUUCAUAGGAUGGAGUUAGAGCACCUGAAGAGGCUGCGUCAGGCCAACCAGGACCUUCUACAAAGGCUCCAGAUGAAGCAGGAAGAGAUCAGAAAAAGACUUCCCAGCAAGCCGCUCUUUCCAGCAUCUCUUCAUAAUAGAACAGCUACUGAGAGAUCUGUCCCCUUGCCCAAGAGAGGGAAGGAAAAUCAGGUCGAUGCUGUGAAGUCUACAGCUGAUCCUGCAACGUUGGUGUCUCUGGAACCUAGAGCUUACACAGCCAGGGCAGCCCUCUGUUCAUCUCUUAAACACACCAGCAGUGACAAAGGAGUACAGCAACAACAAGCAAAGAUGCAGGAAGCAGUAGGUUUGGAUUCCACCUUUCCUGGGAAAGAGAAGAAUGUUAUGCCAGUGUCUGCAGUUAUUACGUGUGGCAGGGAAUCCUCCAGAGUGGAUAGGGAUGGCUGUGCUCAAGGAAGUCCAGAGGAAGAAGCCUUCCUUCUGGGACAUGGAGAGAACAGAACUCUGCUACAUGGUUUCCAUGAGAAAAAACAGCCUAAGGAUCAUUUGGAGCCAUCACUAAGCAGAACACAAAGUGAACAGACCAGCAAGCAGCAUGUCAUCAUUAGAGAGCCCAUAAUCCAUAAAUCAGUCUUGCUGACAUCUCCGUCCAAAGAGUUGAAGAAGCAGGAUGGUCAUGUGGCGUUUCAGUCUGGCCCUGAAGAAUGUACCAUACCUGUGAGCAGCUGGUCCGUGCGUCCUUUCCUGGGCUAUGACUGGAUUGCAGGGCUCCUAGAUACAAAGUCUUCAAUAGCAGAAGAAUCUGACGAAUACUUUGCUGAGCUGCAUGAGUUCAGACAGGCCAAUAAGGAAGCGUGUAUUGAUGAGCAGCACCUGGAGCCCAAGGCUCUGGAUUACAUAGUUCCUGAACAAGAACCAGAUUUGCUAAACAGUUCCCAUAAGUGUGUUUACUGUUAUCGAUUAAACCAGCGCCUCUUCACUGUCCCUGUGGAUUCAGAAUCUGUCUGCCUUGUGUGUAAGAUCCCACGUCCUCACCAGCCCCCAGAGAUACUGGAAGAGCCAGCCUAUGUCAGGGUCAGCAUUCCCAGGUCUACCCUUAUGCCUGCCUACAAAUACAAAGCCCAUCGCAGGAGGAGCUUCGAACCGGCAGAUGACCUGGCAUUACCUUCGCAUUGCCUGGCUGGUUGGGAAAGUAUCAUCCCUUCCAGCAACCCCACGCUCAGCAGUUUGGAUCUGCGAGCUUCACUGGAAGAGAAGCUGUCUCACCAUCCUCACCUGAACUCGGUGUCCAAAGUGUCAGGAGGAACCAGAACUGACCAGCUUCUGAACCUGACCCACUUGACACGCUUCAGAUUUAGCAGUGCUUCUCAGCAGAGAGAGCAAACCAGACCUGGACACUACAGAGCAGCUCAAAAUCUGACUGCCUCAACUCUGUGAACUAUUGACUUGAUUGCUUUGGGGAAGGGAUGGGCGCAGGGUGUGGAAAGAACUCUUAUUUGGAUAAAAAUAAAUAUUUGAACAGAUUUUUCCUAGUUUUUGUAGUUGUGUGCAUACGUGACCAACCAAUACACAUGUGAGAGUUUUUACAUUCAACUAUGUUUUUUCACUUUUCUUUUUUGCUUUUUGUAGCCGCUUCUAAGCAGAUGCAUGAGCUUCCCCACGUAGGGCUGUGAUGUGUACAGGAUGACUAACUAGUACUGUUACCACUAGGACAGUUGUAGCAACAAUCUCUUGCUGAGUCUGCCACCUCAACUAAAUAAUGAGAAGUGUAAUGUCAACUCUGAAUGCCAGGGUGAGGAACUGGCCUGUGAAUGGCCUGGUUCAGUGGAAUGCAUACAAAUAUGUUCAUUUCCAGAUGUUUGAAACAACACAUAAUUUGCUAGUGCCUUAAACCUGAGUUACUCAAUAUUUCAGUU